AAAAAAAAGAAAAAAAGGAAAAAAAAAAAAGCGUAAUGCACGCAAGGAAAAGCUGGAGACUACCACCACCUGAAAAGCUCAGCGACGGGAAGGACGAUAAGAAAGUUACGUGGCAAUCUCCGCAACUGCCGUGUCGGAGUUUGAUGUUGCCGGAAGCGUUCGCUUUGGCAGGAUACAGAGGACUUUCUGGCAAACUGCGUGCGCAGCGUGGCAUCUUCUCAAGUGCAAGCCAGUUGCGUGCGCUGGCUCUUGUUUUCAGGUAGCGGCACGACUGAUAAAAGACAGCAGAAUGCAUUAAAACGAUAGAUCGGAAUUAAGAGGGUCGGAGAGUCAUGGUGGACUCAGAGAGAGCUCGAGAGUAGAUACACAGCAUCAAGAGUUUCCAACAAUGAUGUCCGGCAACCAAGGAGGCCAAGUUGGUAACAAGGAGGGGAGCGGAGGAGGAGGGUGUGGCCGCAAUUGCCUCUCCAAGUGCUGCCUUCUUCAUGGAGGGGCCAAGCUUCCUCUGUAUUCUUUCAGCAAGUCUGCCAAGGGUUCUGGGCUUUCAUCAGAGAGGAAAAAGCCUCAUUCAUUGUUCCUCGAUAGACUUCUCAAAGUGUGGGAGGACCGCAGGCUUAGAGGACUGUUCCACCAUGAUAUCACUGCCUGUGAAACUAAGAUACUUCCAGGAGAACAUGGUUUUAUAGUGGUACUGGUUGAAGGUCGUGACCUCAAGAAACGGCCAACUGAGUUUGGACUCGAUGAGGUCCUCCAACACUUUGAUGGGAGAAAGUUCAACUUUACGAAAAUAGGGCAAGAGGAGGUGCUCUUUAGAUUUGAAGAAAGUGGGAAUGAUGAAGCCCAGUACCUCGAACAUGCUCCUGUUAUGGCAUCAGCCUGCCCAAAUGUGAUUGCCAUCAAUGUGAGCCCAAUAGCAUAUGGCCAUGUGCUUUUGAUCCCUCGCAUACUAGACUGCAUGCCACAGAGGAUUGAUCGAGAGAGCUUCUUACUCGCCAUGCGCAUGGCGAGGGAAGCCCAUAAUCCCUAUUUCAGAGUGGGUUAUAACAGUCUUGGUGCCUUUGCCACCAUUAAUCACCUCCACUUCCAGGCUUACUGCUUGACUGAAUCAUUCCCAGUGGAAAAGGCUCCAACUCAGAUGAUUACAACUUUAGGGAGUGGGGUGAAGAUUUCUCAACUGUUACAUUAUCCUGUAAGAGGUCUUGUUUUCGAAGGUGGAAGUAGCCUGGAAGAUCUAUCAGAUGUCAUCUCCAGUGCCUGCAUUUUCCUUCAAGAUACCAACUGCCCCUACAAUGUCCUCAUAUCUGAUUCCGGCAAGCAGAUUUUCCUCUUCCCACAGUGUUAUGCUGAGAAAAGGGCCCAAGGAAAAGUUAGCCAAGAGAUCCUUGAAAAGCAAGUGAAUCCAGCAAUAUGGGAGCUUGGCGGUCAUUUUGCAUUGAAGCGGAGACAGGAUUAUGUGGAAGCAUCAGAAGGGAGCUUAUGUAGUUUCUUGGAAAUGGUGUCUCUCUCUGAGGAACGGUUCACAGAGAUGAAGGGAUAUAUCUUGGAAGCCCUUGCCAGUGUAGCUGUCAAGGAUAUCAUGGAAAGGGCAGAAAGGGAUUGAAAAUUUGUAAGCAAUGAUCCCUCCUGCAAAAACUAGAUUGCUUUGGUUGUUAGCAGUGAUGGUGGUUCUUUAUUGUACUUCAGUAAGUGGGUGGACGUAUGCUUUAUCUCUAGUUGUUUGAUAUUCAAUUGUGGUUUCUUUGUGGUUCAGUUCAGAUGCUCUUCAGUCAGCAUCAAAUGUGUGCUUGAUAACCUUAUCGUUUUGUUAAUGUUGUAAUAGCCUUUGGCUACUCUGCUGAGCACUAUGUCAACAACAUUCUCCAAAUUACUGAAAUAUUCCUGAAUGGUUCAUGAAAUUUGCUUUGGUGAAA